UGUUGUCAAAAUCAGCUGUUAAAUAUUGUCGUUUUGCAGAUUGUUAUUUAAUUCAUACGCAUAGAUUUUGGAAAAUUUUACACGCAGUGUCACGCACAUUAACGAAUAUAUAGUACAUGGCAAAAUGCUACGACAAUGUGUGCCUAAAUCACCAGUAAGGGUGCACACCAGUGCUCGCGGUAUACUAAGGGGUGCUGCAACGAAUGCACCUGCCACAGCAGCAAAGGAAAAACUCGAAGAAAUACGUGGGCGUUUGGAGAAGGGGCCAAACUUCCAAGAUUUUGUGCAAAAUCCAGAGUAUACACGUGAAGAAUGGACUGCCUACGAGGGAAAAUUGCGGCGAGAGAAGGGUGAAAACGAACGCCUACGGCUACCACCUUGGUUGAAGACCACUAUACCGAUGGGUAAAAAUUUUGCCAAGAUCAAGACACAGUUGCGUGAAUUGAAGCUGGCUACAGUGUGCGAGGAAGCGCGGUGUCCCAAUAUAGGCGAAUGUUGGGGUGGUGGAGAACAUGGCACACAAACAGCAACUAUUAUGCUGAUGGGUGAUACAUGCACGCGUGGUUGUCGCUUCUGCUCUGUCAAAACUGCCCGCAAACCACCACCACUGGACCCCGCUGAGCCGGUAAAUACAGCUAAAGCUAUUGCCUCCUGGGGCUUAGAUUACAUUGUGCUCACAUCGGUUGAUCGUGAUGAUUUACCCGAUGGGGGCUCAAAUCAUAUCGCCGAAACUGUGCGCGAAAUCAAAGCGCGCAAUUCAAACAUUUUCGUCGAAUGUUUGGUGCCUGAUUUUCGUGGCGAUUUGACAUGUGUCGAGACUAUAGCUAAUAGCGGUCUGGAUGUUUAUGCGCACAAUAUUGAAACUGUCGAGAAGCUAACACCAUUUGUGCGUGAUCGCCGCGCUCAUUAUCGCCAAACUCUUUCUGUUUUGCAGCAAGCAAAGCAAUUCAACCCGAAACUCGUGACAAAGAGCUCUAUCAUGCUCGGUCUGGGCGAAACAGAUGCCGAAAUCGAGCAAACUAUGCUGGAUCUGCGUGAAGCAGGUGUGGAAUGUCUCACGCUCGGCCAGUACAUGCAGCCCACAAAUAGGCAUUUAAAAGUUAUCGAAUAUGUAACGCCUGAAAAAUUCAAGCACUGGGAGCAACGCGGCAAUGAAUUGGGUUUCUUGUAUACUGCCAGUGGACCGCUGGUACGCAGCUCAUAUAAAGCUGGCGAAUUUUUCAUAACAAGCAUACUAAAGAAUCGUCAAGCGCAAACACAGCAAGCAGACGGAGCGCAAACACAGCAAGCAGAUGCAGCGCAAACCACACAAGAGCAGUAAUAAGCUUUAUUUGUUGUAGUGGAAAAUAGUUAUAACAUUGACCAUAAGUGAAAUAUAUGCAAUUGUUGUAUGCAAGCGCUAUUUUUGCAAUAAUUGUUUAUAAUUAGAAAUGGCUAAUGAAUAUGCCUUUUUGAAAUAUGAUUCAAAUUUUUGUGUGUAAAAAUAUUAUUUUAAACUAUUCUAUAUUUGCUGCUUGAUAACCUAUUGUUAAAGUGAUAUAUGUGCGUACUCAAUUGGUUUGUAGUAAAAUAUAGACAUGCUUUUUAAGGAAAAAAUUGUAA